ACGUCAGACAGGAACCAGUGGGAAGGAGGCUUGACAAAUCAAGAUGGCGUCCCACGUUGAAGCAGGAAAGAGACUUCAGUAUAAAUAAAACUCGUUCGCAGGCUAGUUUAAAAUUGGAGUGUCACCUCGACGAGACGUCGUUUUGGAUUUUGAGAGAAGAAGACGGAGCAGAUACAGAGUCUCUAAAUGGCUGCGAGGAAGUCUGGAUCAGAUACAUACAACAAUGGACCCAUCAGCUACCUUGAUGAUGUUCCCUUCAAGAUCAAUGAAAAGUUCCGCUGCCCAGCCAAAGUGGGACUGCCUGUUGGCUUCUGUCUGCCAGACUGUGGCUCUUUGUUGGUGGACACACAGUAUGACUUCUCUCUGGAGAAGCGUAGUGUGCGCUGGGGGUUUGAACUGGCUGAGGCCAGAGCAGCAGAGGCCAGAGCAGAAGAGGCAGCAGCCAAGCAGGAAGCAGAGAACAGGGAAUGUUUGGCUAAGGCUCAGGACAUUGAUGGUGGUGGAGGGAAGAAACCCCUGUCUGCUGCAGACGACCAGGACCCUCCACCACCGGCGUUGAACCCCGUCCUGGCGGGACUGAGACAUAACGCUAUCCUCACUCCACUGCCGGCACCAAGCCUUGGCCCCAGGAAAACCCAACCUAGCACUCCUCAGCCACACAGCCUCAACCUAGCUGACUUUGAGCGGGAGGAGGACCCCUUUGACAAGCUGGAGCUCAAAACUUUGGACGAUAAGGAGGAGCUCAGGAACAUUCUCCAGAGCCAGCCCCAACCUCAACCUCCUCCUUCUGUAUCCCCACCAGAGGUCUCCCAGCCAGGGUCAGCGUCACGUGGAAACAGCCCGUCUCCUCCCAGCACCAACACCAGCCUAUCAUCCAAACCUGGCUUCGCCCACAAACCCAACGGGUUGGUUUCCUUGCUGGACAUGGACAGAGUUGGGCAUCCUGGGAGAGCAGGGUUUGACACAGAUGAUCGACCCUGUAACAUCCGCUCUCUUAGUUUUCCCAAGCUUUCUGACUCUGACCCAGUGAGGUACAAACCACUCUCUGCACCCAUCCCUGCCGCACGACAGAACCUACCCAAUGGAAGUCCGCCAACUGUACCCAAGACGCAAGUCAUUGUUGCUCCUAAGCCACCCAGCAACACCAAGAGCGGUGCACCAAAACCAGUCAACCUGGGGACAGGAUCUGCUGGUCUGCCGUGUGGCGGUGCCCUGCUCAGCAUGACCCCUAGUGAGCGGCAGUGUGUGGAAACCCUUGUGGGCAUGGGUUAUUCUUAUGAGGGCGUCCUACGGGCCAUGCAGAGACAAGGGCAGAACGUGGAGCAGGUACUGGAUUAUCUGUUUGUCCAUGGACGUCUGUGUGAGCGGGGCUUUGAUGCAAGUGCAGUGGAGGAAUGUUUAGAGAUGUACCAAUGCUCAGAGGAAAAGGCCUUGCAGUUCCUUCAGCUAAUGUCGAGAUUUGGCGAGAUGGGAUUUGAGCGGGAUGCUAUCAAAGAGGUGUUGCUGGUCCACAACAAUGACCAGGACAAGGCUCUGGAGGACCUGAUGGCUCGUGCUGCAGCAAGCUGAGCCAAGCUAACCAGUCAACCAAAGCCCAGCCAAGGGCUUGCCUCCCGCUACCACCCAACACAGCCCCUUUCCUUCUGCCUACCCUAUCACACCAUGCCCUGCCCUUGCCUCGGCUGUGGAAGGGACAGCUGGGAGACACUUAUAUUUCUCUCUGUGCUAAAACGUAUUGUGUCUCAGCACUUCUUAAAGACUAUGUGCCUAGAGUGGAGGGGUCAAAGUGUAACAAUACUUCAUGGUGGUGUUUUUUUUCCCUAAUAAAUCCUGGGGUUAGAUUCCAGGAUUUGGUUCUGCUGGGGUAUUCAAAAAUGUGAGGAAUGACUGAGCUGGGAAAGAAGAGCUGGAAGAAUUGGGCAGCGGCGCUUUUGAUACCAUUUUGAUUUGCUUCCACUUGGAAGUGCUUAUCUCACUGCGGGCCAAGCUGCAGGACCGAAUGGAGAGGAGCUGGUGAUGUGUGUGUGCAUCACAGAAAAACAAGUUUGAACUCCUGAAACUCCUUAACAACUAAGCUGCCAUCUUCCACUGCUCAAUGCAGACCUAGUACAUGGUGGAGGGGACAGGGGCCUUGAAACAUCAGCAAACAUCAGAAGUAUAAAAAGAGAGGAAAAAACAAACAAAGGCACUGUCACCAGACAGAGAACUGACCCUCAAGAAGUGCCCUCUUUGUGCUGGUGCCCUGCACCUGGUUCUGUGCUGUUUAAUGCUUUCAUUCAGUCAUUCAUUCAUUCAUUCAUUCAUUCAUUCAUUCAUUCAUUCAUGUCUUUUUCUGUUCAUUUGGGCACUUUUUCAUGUCAGUGUAAAGAUUUCCAUCUCUUUGCUUUCUGUUUUAGAAAUUGCAUAAUAGCUCCUUUGUCAUUAUAACUCAGAACAUAAGAGAUACUACUGCCCCAGUACGCUCUUCAACCUGCACUGGAAUCACCUGCUAAAGAAGGGGGGAGAGAUGGGGGAAGUCCCCCUGUAGGAAAUAUAUAAGAAAUAUCCUAUACCCCGCUGACACAGACGUGUCACAUACUGCACAGGCGUGCACACACACGUUUCUUAAUUAUCAACUUAUUUAAAAUAGUACACUGACACUUUCAUUUAAAAAUGUAGAGUUUGAUAUGAUAAUGUAAGAUAUGUUAACUUACAAAAGUGACACUUUUAACUGUCAUGGACUUCUGUUUGCAGACUGGAAAAGGGUGAGUGGUUAAAAAAAAAAAAAAGUAAGUGUAUGGUUGUCUUUUUCAGCCACAUCACAGUGCAAUAGAGACAUUUCAUAUUGUGUGACUGUUGACUGGCACUUUGAGCCACAGUAAUUGUUGGGAGAUAAGGAAUGGUCCUCAAGCCUUGCUGGAAAUUUGGAUGGAAAGGUUUGAUUUCAGUGAUUUCUAUCAUUCGUUCUGUCAUUGGACUUCAUGCCACAAAAUCUAAUCAAACAUGACUUUAGGUUGUUGACUUGUCUGUAUGUAUUUUUUUCUCUCACAUGGAAUAAGAAGUGAGUGUUCAUCUUUAUUUUGAGGUUUGUUGGCAUCUCUGCUGUCUUAAAUGAAAAGUAAAAAAAAAAAGGUUUAGUCUCCACAUGUUAAAAGCAUUUUCCAGUUGGGUGAUUUGCUAUUUGUUUAAAAGAUGACCAAGAUCCUUUUAUUUUUAUAGUAUGUGUUGCUGGGUCUCUUGAGUUAAAUGCUAUGUAUGUUUACGAAGCAUGUCUGCUCAGUUGCACCAAAGGGCAAAUAUGGCAGAAACUUCCAUAAUCUUGACCUCUGUAGAAUUGAUGGGGAUCGUAAAAUGCAUGGUAACAGAUAAAGGGCUUAAAGUUAGCGAAAUUUGAGAACUUGUUACUUUCCUUGUGCAGAUCUAAUACUUAAUCCUCUGUUCCACAAAUACAAAGAGAACAUUUCUAAUCACCAGUCUAUUUUAGUUUGACAAAUGUUUUCAUAGUGCAUUUUGUUGCCAAAGCAGAUCAUAUUUUACUUGUUUGAUAGAAAAUAUUAGUCUGCAGAAUAUUAAAUCUGCAGAAUAUACAGUAUCAACUGGACAGUUCAAAUUGGUGGCUUUCUCCUUUUCUUUGUGGUUAGAGAGCAUCCCCAAUACACAUCCUAGUGUUUCCUCAAGUGACACACAUUAUAAAUCUGUCCUUCAGUCCAAUUUUAGCAGUUCUGUUGUGCUAUUAGUACAGUUUGCUUGCACAUUCGCUGUAGGCAUUUAAAAUAUGAGCAAGGUGAGAUGUUUGACCUAGUAUCCACACUUCAGCCAAUAUUUUAAGUCUGAUAUGUGGUUCACAUUAUGAUAGACAAAUGUGUUUUGCUCUAGUUCUGUUUUUUAAUUGCCUUUCUUCUUGAUUUACUGUGAUAAAAAGAGGUAAAAAGUACUCUUACCUUACAGACACAUAAGUGGUAUUAUUGUCUCCAUACAUAACUUGUGCAUGGUUUCCUUUAUCAUGCAUAAAGCAAGCUGAUGUCCACUUACCGCUCCUCCAACAGCCACACAAAUUGGCAUGAAUGCAGUAUAGGUGGUUCUGGACCUUCUCCAUCAAUUCCUCCUCCCAUUUCUGUGAUGAUCUAGUUGUGUGGGGAUUAAAUGCAACUAGCUUAUUUGGGGGAUCAAGUUUAAGGGUUUGUACAUCAGAGCCUCUUCUAAGUCAUCACAUAAUGGAACACAGGGCUCUAAUGAAUCUAAUCUUAAUAGUAUAUUAAACGGUGGGUGAGCUGAGUGUUCUUUCCCAGGCUCUUGAAAUGUGAUUUGCAAAAUGUCCAAUUUCCCCUUGAAUGAUUUGGAAGUUCCACAUGAUUAAAUGUCUACAUCUUUUCA